AAAUCUGAAAAAUGUAUGCGUUUUUUUUUAACUGUAAAUAACUGAAACAAACACUCGUACUGGGAUCAGAGAGAAACCACCACACAAGUCAAAACGGGUCGACCCGGGAUCCGAAUUAGAGAUCCAAAUGACGGAUUCGAGUCUGGAGCUCCAGGAAUCGGGGUGGGAGGAGCUGAGGCGAGAGGCUAGGAAGAUCGAGGGCGAUCUUGACGUCAAGCUUUCUUCUUACGCCAAGCUCGGAGCUCGCUUCACACAAGGAGGAGGUUAUGUGGAAUCUGGAUCACCACCUGUGGGGUCCAGCAGGUCAUGGAAGUCUAUGGAAAUGGAAAUCCAGUCUUUGCUUGAGAAGCUAUUGGAUAUAAAUGAUUCAAUGAGCCGAUGUGCUGCUUCUGCUACACCAGCUACUUCUGUUACUCAGAAACUAGCAAGGCAUAGAGACAUACUUCAUGAGUGUACUCAGGAGUUCAGACGGAUCAAAGGCAACAUAAAUUCAUUGAGGGAACAUGCCGAGCUUCUGACUUCUGUCAGGGAUGAUAUUAGCGAGUACAAGGCAUCUGGGAGUAUGUCACCAAGAAUGCAAAUACUACGGGAGAGAGCUGCUAUCCAUGGAAGCGUAUCUCAUAUAGAUGAGGUGAUUAGUCAGGCUCAAACAACAAGGGCGGUCUUGGGCACUCAAAAGGCGAUGUUUGGAGAUGUUCAAGGAAAAGUGAAGAAUCUAAGUGACAAGUUCCCUGUUAUCCGUGGCCUACUUGGCUCAAUUAAAAGGAGGCGAUCAAGAGACACAAUUAUUCUGUCUGCAGUCAUUGCAGCUUGUACCUUGUUUCUUAUCAUCUACUGGCUUUCAAAAUAGAUAUAUAAAUGAUAUAUUGUUACAGAAAAUUAUAAAUGAUGGUAUCUCUCUACUCUCUAGGGAAUUUUGCAUAUGUAAUUUCUUGGAACCAAUUGAGUUCUCUGUUUCAAUAGUUUUGGGUACCUACUGGUGCUGUUCCAAUCAAUUACUUUUUGGCUUCU